GUAGUUCUAUACUAGACGGUGAAGAUUCCAGCUUCCGGUUUCUUCCCACCUUCCUCGCAAGCUGGAAGUUGGAACCAACAAUUUACUUAGCCCGGGCAGGUGCCCGCGUGAGUCCUCACCACCACCCUCCCCCGCGACGCCCCUGACCGAAUUCCUCCAAUUGGAAAGCGAGACCCAAAAAACUCCACGUCUCCACCUCCGGGAUCCGAAUCCACGUUCAACGGAGUAGUUUUCUCUAGAUUAUAAGCCCUAAGUCAACCUGCAACUUCCACAUUUUUAUGAUCCAAAAGGUGAAAUGAACGAAGUAAUGACGGCAGCUGAUGCAUCCUCCAGCUUACGCCCAUACUCAUCUCCACACUCCAUUUAUCCCUCCAACCUCCCCCUUGUCUCCGCUUUCCUCGCUUGUCUUGUUGCCCAAUUUCUCAAGAUCUUUACCCAUUGGUUCAAGGAGAGGAAAUGGGAUUCGAGAAGGAUGCUUAGCUCUGGUGGAAUGCCGUCAUCACAUUCAGCAACUGUUACUGCUCUUGCUGUAGCAAUAGGUUUGCAAGAUGGAGCGGGAACAUCUGCUUUUGCCAUUGCGGUCGUUUUGGCAUGUGUUGUAAUGUAUGAUGCUACUGGUGUUAGGCUUCAUGCUGGUCGGCAGGCUGAAUUAUUGAAUCAGAUAGUUUGUGAAUUGCCCCCUGAACAUCCUGUCGCUAAUGUUAGGCCUCUGCGAGAUUCACUUGGUCACACUCCUUUCCAGUGAUAUCAUGAUGAGCGGUACCAUUCAGAGUCACUUCCAUGGUUGUUGCUGGUGCUUUGCUUGGAUGUGUGGUAGCCUAUCUCCUGAGUAGCUCUGCUUAGAAUGGCGCUGGUGAUUCUUCAGAGCCAAGUGCUAUAAGAGGCUUUUGUACUUUCUGAUUCGUUCAGGCUGCAGCUUGACUGGUCGCUGCAAGUAGAAAGGAAAGAGCUAGGAGUUAGGAAUCGGAUCCUUUGUGGUGGAAGAUACGCUCAUUAAGACACGGUUUGGGAAAUUUUGCGUGGUGGGGUCAUUAGAGGGUGUGGGUGAUCGAAACUGUGUAUCGGUACAAGUAACAUAUAUAAUGUCAUUUGUAUUCUGUGUUAUGGUAUCCGUUUUCUAAGAUCUUAGAUAAAGAAUAUCCAGUGAAAUUGGAGGCAAUUCUCAACAUUUGUAUUUGUGUACACAUAGUCAAAUUGGUGAGAAAUGAGUUCUACUGUUGACUCAGUGACAUAUAUAGUUGUUAGAUUGUUGUCGAUGCUAAUCCCCUGUAAUUCAUCCUCAUCAAUUAGAUGAGAUGUAGAAUUGAUAUGUAGCAUGUUCCUGGAUGGCAAAGUGAGUUUUGAUUUAGGCCUCCAAGGUUUCUUUGCGUCCUUAUAUUAUUGUUAAUCGAGCUUA